AUGUUACGUUCCGCAAAGAACAUUAUGAAGGGUUACUCCAGUGCCCAGGUACUAGUGAGAAAUGCCACGGCAAACUCAGAUGAACAGAUCUCUAGGGAUAAUCUGGAUGAAAUCAGUCAGUUAACAUAUUCAAAUGCUGAGUUCUUUGAUAUUAUGGAUAUGUUAGACAAGAGAAUUAACGAUAAAGGUAAAUAUUGGCGUCAUGUGGCUAAAUCUAUGACGGUACUGGAUUAUUUAGUAAGAUUUGGUUCAGAUAACUGUGUUUUAUGGUGUAAAGAGAACCUUUAUAUCAUUAAGACUUUAAGAGAAUUUAGAUAUGAAGAUGAAACUGGAGUUGAUAAAGGUCAAAUCAUUAGAGUUAAAGCAAAAGAAUUAACAAGUUUAUUGAUGGAUGAUGAACGGUUACAAGAAGAAAGAAGAUUAAAUAAAUCGGGUAGUCGUAGAAAUCGUAGAAAUCAAUCCAAUAAUAGUGGUUAUGAUGAUGAUUUGAGAAGAGCAAUCGAAGCAAGUAAAGAUACUGCAGCCGAUGAAGAUGCAAGACGUAGACGUGAAGAAGAAGAAAGACGUGCUGCUCAACGUUUAUUAUCUCAAGAAGAGGAAGAAUUAAAUAGAUUGAAACAAUUACAACAGCAACAGCAACAGCAACAGCAACAAGCACUGUUACUACAGCAACAGCAACAACCUAUGUACUAUGAUAUUUUUGGUAAUCCUAUAUCACCUGAAGAAUAUUUACAAUAUCAACAGCAACAAGCAAUGUUGCAACAGCAGAAUUUAGCUCAACAACAAUUAUGGGCUCAACAACAAGCAUUUGCACAACAGCAACAACUACAGUUCCAACAACAACAAAUUCCAUCGACCGCUACUGGGUCAAAUAAUCCGUUUGGACGUGGUAAUUAUGAUGCUCUAAAGACACUAAAUAAUAAUAGUAGUAGUAGUAACACUGCUAAUACUGUACCAGCUUCACAACCAGAACCUAUCCCUCAACAGAAUGUUCAAAAACCAUUAUCUCAAACAAGAACAGGAAAUCAAUCUAUCUCAGAUAAAUAUAGUGCUUUGAAUACUUUAUUGGCCAGCGGUACUGGUAUAGAUACAUUUGGUAACACAGGUGAACAAAGAAUCCCAGCUCAACAUACAAAAACAGGAACUUUUAUUAACUCUCAAGGUACGGGGUACAAACAAUUCUCGGAUGCAGAUGCGAAUAAACCAAAUGUAUUUUUAAAUACUCAAUACACCGGUUUACCUUCUACCAACAUUGCACCUUCCUAUACUGGAUUUGGAUUUGGUAAUCAACAACAGAUUAAUUCAAAUAAUAAUAAUAAUCUAGUUGAUUUAUGA